UAGGAAAAAAUGACUAAUUGCGUUGGAUAUGACAAGGAAAGAGAUAACAAUUAUCCUAAAAAUCAGGAGUUUAUUAAGAAAUAAAUGCCUAAUUGAGUUGGAAAUUACUUCGAAAGAGAGAAUAGUCCUCUAGAAAAUCAGAUUAGUUAAAAAUAAAUGCCAACUUGCGUGUGAACGUCUUUAUUAUCUCUACGAUUAGCAUUAUAAAAGACGUUUAAAAGUGCAGAGAAACACCAAUUCACAUUCGCAGCAAAGAAGCUCUGUGGGAAGUUCAUCAAUGGCUUCAACUUUGAUUAGAAGGCUGGAAGGGAAGGUAGCAUUAAUCACCGGUGCUGCUACUGGAAUCGGCGAGGCGACUGCCAGACUGUUCGCCAAACAUGGUGCUAAAGUUCUGGUUGCAGACGUCAAUGAUGAAUUGGGAGAGAAAGUAUGCAAGGAAUUGGGAAAAUCAUCAGCCUCUUUUGUCCACUGUGAUGUAACUAAAGAAUCCGAUGUAGAAACUGCAGUUGACACGGCUGUUGCCAAAUUUGGGAAAUUAGACAUUCUGCACAAUAAUGCUGGUAUUGGGGGGAUACCAAAUCCAAGCAUUCUUGAAAUCGAAAAAUCAGAGUUCGAAAAGAUUAUUAAUGUAAACCUUGUAGGUGCGUUCUUGGGUGCUAAACACGCUGCUCGGGUAAUGAUCCCGAAUCGCAGUGGGAACAUAAUCACGACAGCGAGUACUUGUUCGAAAAUAGGCGGUGGUUCUUCACACAAUUAUGUAAGUUCAAAACAUGGGGUGGUAGGACUCACGAAGAAUUUGGCUGUGGAGCUUGGAAAAUAUGGUAUUCGCGUAAAUUGUGUGUCACCACACGUAGUUCCUACACGACAGUCGAAGGAUUUCUACAAAAUGGAUGAUGAGGGAUUCGGCAAUGUAUAUUCUAUCCUCAAAGGUGUUCUACUUAAGCCAGAGGAUGUGGCUGAAGCUGUUCUGUUCUUGGCUAGUGAUGAGUCGAAGUGUGUUCAUGGACACAACCUUUUUGUUGAUGGGGGGGUCACAAUUGCGAAUUCCAAGUUUUCCAUGUUUGAGUAAUAUCAUGUUUAAUCAACCUGUUUCUCUUGUUUCUCUUGAUUAACAUAUAGCAAAUGACAGAUACGGUGGAAUAUAAUAGAGCAAUUUUCAUAUUCAAUCAUAUUAAAUACAUCUGAUCAGAAGUUUCUCGUUCUAGUCAUAAAGUUCAUCAUUGUAUCUAUGAUCACUGUAAUUUCUUAUGCUGAUAUUGAUUCAUUUUUCCUUUCUUGUUCU